UGUUUUAUACCUACUGUUAAUGAUUUUAUUAAGGUUACAUUAACUAAAUUGACCUUUCUUUUUGAUGAUUAAAACUGUUUUUUUAUCAUUUCAAAACAAGGUAAUUUUCCUGUCGUGACCUGAGGUUGGUGAAAGGAGGCUUAUAGGAUGCAUAUGUGGAUGGCACUUCUCCUGGGCUCAGUAAUAUGGGCAGAGGAGCAGUAUUUUCGCCAGGCCAAUGCCACCACAUGGGAUGAAGCCAGGCUGUACUGUCAGGCCUGUUUCAAAGACCUGACGACCCUCACUAGCAGGAACGUCCACGAUCUUGCGCAGAACCUCAUUUCGGACUUCUGGGUUGGGCUUCGCAGGAGCCUCAAUGGCUCCAUACCGUGGUCCAGGUGGUCCAAUGGUGACACCGUUACAUAUCAGAACUGGUAUCCUGGCCAUCCUGUACCAAAGGUAGAAACAUGUCCUUUAACUCCAAAUAAUACCUCGAUGAACUCAACCACGGCACCAAAAAUGAACAACAUAGAGGAACAGUGCCCCCUAGUGAUGGAAAUACUCACUUGCCUAAAUUUGACAUACGGUGAGCUUGAAAAUAUAACCAGGCCCUUGGUCAAUCCAACUCCUCACACUUUAUACACUACCCCAGUGCCCACUGUUAAUGUCACCUCUAAUAAAACACAAACAUGCGACACCAAAGCUGAAAAAUAUAUUGAGGAUUCUUGUGUGGCCCUGCUCAGCUUUGGCAUGUGGAAGGAAAAACAGUGCAAUGAAAGUCUUCCAUUCAUCUGUUAUGAUGAACGUUUUUUGGGCGAAAUAAAAAUUUCUAAUGUGUCCAAAAGUGAGGGCUAUGUAGACUGGAGUCCAGGACCAGGAAACAUUAGCCACUACAGAGUGAAAGUCACAGGGGACAAUGCAAGUCUCAUUUAUAAUGAGACAGACCUGUUCAAACAACUGGUGAACCUCACGGCAGGAACUCGAUACAAUGUCCAGGUGUACCCUGUGAAAUGUGGCAGGGAUCUCAACCCUCAGAAUAUCUCUUUCUAUACCCCCCCAUCUGAUGUUUAUGACCUGAAUGUAAAGAAUGUGACUACUACUAGCGUGGAACUUAGCUGGAAUCAUUCUGGAAACUGUGAUUUUUACUUAAUAAAAGGCGCGGACAAGCCAAAUAAAAUCAAUAAAACAAAAACUGAGAUAUGUAAACUUACACCGGGGACAGAGUAUACCUUCACUGUUUCUGCUGUAGUGAAUGAGACUACCGAAAGUGUGUCUGCAAAAGUUUCUACUUUCACCAAGCCUUCACGUGUUCGGGAUCUAAUGUCAGCCGAUGACGGUCGUACAGUCAUAACUGUUCACUGGAAUGCAUCUGAAGGAAUCCAUUCAAGUUACCGCAUUUGUCUUAAUGAGACAAGUGCAUGCAUCAGUUGCAGCCAGUGCGAAAACUGCAAUCAGCUGGGAAACUGCCAUUACACAACAGUCGAAAAUUUCACCUUUACAGAUAAAACACCUGGCAAGAAAUAUUGUCUGUGUGUGGCAGCACUAACAGACAACAACACGUUAUCUGGAGAAAUGGUUACAAUUGAAGCAUACACACGUCCAGAAAAUGUGGAACUUGGGAAUUUAGAACCAUCUGACCAAUCCAUUUUCGCCGAAUGGACAAUAAAUGGAGCCUAUAAAGAAUUUAGAGUGAGCAUUGAAGAAGAAGGCUUAGAAAACAAAAAUUAUAGCACAACUGAUAAAAAUUACAGUUUCGAGGGGCUUAAAGCAGGAGUAUACUACACUGUCACAGUCACCACCCUUUCAGAGAAACCCGGAUUGGAAAGUGAAUCUGUUAAAAAAUCAGACUAUACUACUCCUACUCCACCACCAUGGGCAAAUGCCACUGUUCUUAAUGAAACUUCCAUAACUCUAACCUGGGGAGUUCCAAAAAAGUCAGAGGGAGCCUCAAAUAUAAAAUAUAACGUGACAUGUUACUCUGUUUAUUGGAACUUCUCUACACCAGUUUACCAAACAAAAGAAAACCAUUGGACCUUUGGUAGUUUAAAUUCGGGAACACAUUAUAACUUCACUGUCAGUGUUGUGGCUGGCAAUUCGACGAGUCAUCCAACCUCUGUUUCUAAUAAGACAAAGCCUAACAGGAAGACGUUGACAUUUGCGAUGUUGUGUACCAGUAAAACGACACUUCUCUGUAGCAACAGUAAAGCUCAGACUGAAACACUGAACAAGCUCGAAAGAUAUUUUAGUGAGAAUCUUAUAGGGAUUCACUGGAACCUCACAAUAGUAGACAGAAAAUGAUGUCACACACCACUCCUACAACAGACGUCUGGAUCAGUGAUUUGAUCGAACCCAUAUUUACUGCAGAAAAUAGAAAUCACAGACCAUCAGUCAAGUUUCAACUGCAUUUCAUUCCAGCUCCUCACAUACCACCAUUCUUCCGAGUUGUGCAUUGUUUCGUUAUUGAAAUUAAACUAUAAUUUUAAUAUUUUUAACUAUUUUAAUAUUUUUUCCCCUGAAAAAGGUUAAUGCAUUUUUCUGUAAUAAUGUUCUAAAAUGUACUUGUAUUGCUUUGCAACAGUGCAAAAUUGUAAUUGUUUUGCAUUGUAUAUUAUUGUUUAGUCACAUAUUGUACUGGAUUAUAUUAAUACCACAGCCUUUUACAUUGCUAGUUAAAUUGAGUUUGAUUGUUUUUUAGUUUUCUGUCAAGAUUGGUGUAACUAUUUCUAGUCAACUAUUCAUGCAUGCUUGUUUGGGUUUUCAUUUAAAAUAAAACUUCGACAA